CUUUAGUGUUUUGAAUGCUCGAUAUUUUAAUAAACUUCCAUAAUUUAAUCUAAAAUCGAAAUCUUUUUUAAAUUAGCAAAUAUGUGUUUACUGAUUGCUAGUGGCUUAUAUAAAACCAACGUUAUUAGCUUAGAAUAAUUAUGGCACGUGCAAUCUUAUUGGCGUAUGCCGAGGAAGUGAGAAAACGGAGAGUUCUCCGCGUACAGAGGCGCCGUUUGCGCGACACGACUGACCCCAUGCAGUUGUCUGACAAAGAAUUCAUUGCGAACUUCCGCCUAAACAAGUGUGGUUUCCGACAGAUGUUGGAAGAAAUAGAUGUAUAUCUACCACCCAUUCAACGGAAAACAGCAGUUCGCAAUGAAAUCAAGGUCUUGGCAGCUUUAAACUUCUUCGCCCACGGAUCAUAUCAACGCAGGGUAGGUGAUUCUGUAUUGAACAGUAUGUCACAACCGACGUUCAGUAAGAGCCUCCGUGAUGUAAUCAACGCACUCAAUGCUCGGGAAGUGAUCCUAAAACAUAUAAAAUUCCCCAUGUCACUGGGUGACAGAAAAAUUAUUAUGAACAACUUUAUGAAGGAAUAUGGAUUUCCGGGCGUUAUCGGCUGCAUCAGUGGGACCCAUGUCGCCAUACUCCGACCCACGGAGCAGGAAUUAGCGUUUUUCAAUGAGCGAAGUUAUUACUCUCUGAACGUUAUGAUAAUAAGCGAUGCGAACUUGAACAUUCGGCAUGUGAACGCAUCGUUUGGAGGCGACUCCACGGAUUCUCGUGUGCUGAUACAGAGUAAACUGUACAAGAUAAUGGAAAACUUGGCCUCCAGAGAGGAAUGUUGGUUUCUAGGUCACUCAGAAUAUCGUCAGCGUCCAUGGAUGAUGACACCCAUUCUGGACGCCGCCCCUUGCACCCCGGAGGAGUAUUUCAACCAACAGCAUGCCCGAGUCUGGGGCACUGUUGGACGUUGCAUCAGUGUGCUGAAGGCACGUUGGAAGUGUUUGGGGCCCAAGUACCUCCACUACGACCCACUAACAGCUGGCAAAAUGGUGAAUGCCUGCAUUGUACUCCACAACAUUGCCAAUGCAUGGGACGUUCCAAUACCUGAGUACGAGCCAGAAGUCCACUCCAAAUCAAUAAUGAACAAUUUGGACCGUGGACAGCCCGAUGACUUUGAUGAAGAAUCACCUACGAUAGAUGCCACUAGAGUUAUGCUCGUUGAUAAACUGUGGAAAGACAGGACAUAAGCAUAGUAUACAAACAGGUACUACCAAUCAAUGAAGUCCUGGCACAGCUGUUUGGGUUGUGGCCAAGACCAAGAUCCAAUUCUGGAAGACCAAAGUGUGUGGGAGGUUCCAGGAGUAAAUCUGAAGACCAGUGUACACUAUGACCUU